AACCAACCCCACAGUCCCCAAAUCACUCCUGGAGUACGGCAGUGGGAGGUGGCCGGCCAACGCACUGAGGGGAGAGGAUGAUGGCAACAAGGGGCCAAGGCCAGCCCUGCACUGAGGCCUCCUCCAGCCAGUGCUGAGCAGGGGCUUCUGACCCGCUGACCAGCCAGGACAGGUCGGAAAGGCCCUUCUCCUGCCCGUCGCAGCUCCACAGACCACAGGAAAACCAGGAGGAUCACAGAGCCAUCAUGGAUCCUGGCAGUAACCAACCCCUGAACAGCCCCGAUGCCACCACCCUGCGCAAACCCCGCACUCCCCUGGAGAACUUCAAAAAGGUGGGGAUCCCCAUCAUCGCAGUACUGCUGAGCCUGGCGACUAUCGUCAUUGUGGUUAUCCUCAUCAAGGUGAUUCUGGAUAGAUACUACUUCAUCUGCGGCCACCCCCUGCACUUCCUCCCGAGGACACAGAUGUGUGAUGGACAUCCGGACUGUGCCUCAGGAGAAGAUGAGGAGCCCUGUGUCAAGGACUUCCCUGAGAGGCCUGCGGUGGGAGUCCGACUCUCCAAGGACCGAUCCACCCUGCAGGUGCUGGACCCGGCCACAGGGAACUGGGCCUCUGCCUGUUUCGACAACUUCACAGAAACUCUGGCCAAGACAGCCUGUGGGCAAAUGGGCUACAGCAGCCAACCCACUUUCAAAGCUGUGGAGAUUGGCCCAGACCAGGAUCUGGAUGUUGUUAAAGUGAUAGAAGACAGCCAGGAGCUUCAGGUGCGGAACUCAAGUGGACCUUGUCUCUCAGGCUCCCUGGUUGCCCUGCACUGCCUUGCCUGUGGGAGGAGCCUCAAGGCUCCUCGGGUGGUGGGCGGGGAGGAGGCCUCUGUGGAUUCUUGGCCUUGGCAGGUCAGCCUCCAGUACAACAAGCAACACGUCUGUGGAGGAAGCAUCCUGGAUCCCCAGUGGAUCCUCACGGCAGCCCACUGCUUCAGGAACUAUCGUGAUGUGUCCAACUGGAAGGUGAGGGUCGGCUCAGAAAAAUUGAGCAGCUUCCCAUCCCUACCUGUGGCCAAGAUCUUCAUCACUGAGCACAACACCUUGUACCCCAAAGAGAAGGACAUUGCCCUUAUGAAGCUAGAGAACCCACUGACAUUCUCAGGUACAAUCAGGCCCAUUUGCCUGCCCUUCUUUGAUGAGGAGCUUGCUCCAGCCACCCAACUCUGGGUCGUCGGCUGGGGCUUUACCGAGCAGAAUGGUGGGAAGAUGUCUGACACACUGCUGCAGGCGUCAGUCCAGGUCAUUGACCACACCCGGUGCAAUGCAGAUGAUGCCUACCAGGGAGAAGUCACUGAGAAGAUGCUGUGUGCAGGCGUCCCAGGAGGUGGCGUGGACACCUGCCAGGGUGACAGUGGUGGACCCCUGAUGUACCAGUCUGACCACUGGAAGGUGGUAGGCAUCGUGAGCUGGGGACAUGGCUGUGGGGGCCCAAGUACCCCAGGAGUGUACACCAAGGUCACAGCCUAUCUCGACUGGAUCUACAGUGUGUGGAAGUCUGAGAUGUAAGGCUGCUGUUCCUCUGCAGCGUUCAGAGCUGCUUCUCUCCAGUCCUACCCACUGGGGAUCCCCCAGAAGUCCCACACUGGGGCUUGUCUCUCCACCCACGGCCUUGGCAUUUGCUAGAGCAGCAAACGGCCUCCGUUCCUGCAAGACCCUCACACCCCAGAGACACCCAGAAGGAAGGCAGCUGCCCUAGCUCAGUCAUCCCCAGUGCUUCCAGAAUCCCAGGGAGAGAUGCAGCCCGCUGAACGGAGCCAGCUAUGCACCGAGGUCUCAGAGGCACUGCUAACUCAGGUGGAACUUUCCCCCUCUACUGAAUGGAAGAGGGCUCUUCCCAGAUAACCAGGCUGGAGAGGAGGAGAAGAGGGUCUGGCCAGCCCUCUCCCUUCUCCACCCAUUCCCAAGCCCACCGGAACAAGAAACCAGGUGUAAUGUAAAUGCACCAUCCUACCUUUGGCGUGACUACUGUUACCUACAGGUGUUAUUAUUGUUACUUCUAAGAGUCGUUGUCAUUAAAUGAUGGUAUCUUUGGUA